GGAUAGCACAAGGGUUAAUUUAACAAGCGGGAUGGUUCAGUUAGCUGGUGUAGGACUGGUGCUUGGUAAAUCAGGGUUCGGUGAUCUUCAUCCAUAGGCAAGACCCUUCACGUCACUGCCUAACCAUGUAUAGCCACAAGUCUGGGUGUCCCUGUCCCAGUCCCCAGCCCAGAAAAGACAGGGUUGUGUCAGGAAGGGCAUCUAAUGUAAAAAAUAUCUCAGCAAACCACCUGUGACAGCUGAUUCACUGAGGGGAAAUGCUAUGGCGUUUCAUCUCUGCCAUAAAGUGAAAGGGCAUAAAGACAACGAAACACCAUAAAAUGCCAACAACCACUGAGAAUGAAGGGGUUAAUUUAGUAUUUACAGAGAAAAUUCAUAUCAACUGACAUAAAUUCACCCAAAUGCACAGACCGCAGAUGUGAAAAGUAUUUACUCCCAAACCUCUUCUUUUCUGUAAACCAAAUAUUUUAAGGCACAAUUUUGGAAAAGCAUAUUUGACUUUUUUAUUAUGUAUAUAUAAAUCACACAAACUUUGUUUCUUUGGACACAAAAGCCCCGUCUUACAUAAUUUCAUCAUGUGAGGAAGACUUCAGCAUCGGAGAUGACACAAGCAGAGGGCUCCAUUUACAGGAAGAGAGCGACUCGGAGCACAAGAAGAAGCAUUUCCAGAGGAGUUCAGGAAGACAGGCAGACCCUAAAGUUGACAGAAUGGAGCUGAACCAGACCAACCAGACGGAGGACUUUUCCUGCUACAGUCCAUCCGUGACCGGGUACCGGUACUUCGCCGUGCUGUGGGGCUGCGCCGUGACCAUCACCGGCACCGCGGGGAACCUGUUGACCAUCCUGGCCUUCGCUCUGGACUCCCGGGUGAGGACGCGCUUCAACGUGCUCAUCGUCAACCUGGCGGUGGCGGAUCUCCUGUACUGCACGAUCCUGCAGCCCAUCUCCGUGGACUCCUACCUCCACCUCCGGUGGCGCACCGGUCAGAACUGGUGCCGCGUCUUCGGCCUCCUCCUCUUCCUCUCCAACUCGGUGUCCAUCCUGACCCUGUGCCUGGUGGCAGUCAGCAGAUACCUGCUGGUUACAAACAGAGCUCUGUUUAACCGGGUUUUUUCGAACCCCGGUCUCGUUGCGCUCCUGGUCUCGGCGUGGGCGCUGGGUCUGGCCAGCUUCGCCCCGCUCUGGCCCGUCUUUGUUUUUGUGCCUCAGGUGUGCACGUGCAGCUUCCACCGCACCCUGGGCCGGCCGUACUCCACCAUCCUGCUCUUCUUCUACUUUUUCGCGGGUCUGGGUUGUGUUGGGGCGUUUUAUUUGCUCAUCUACAGGCGGGUGCGCAUCGCAUCGCGGGCUCUGCUGCAGUACCGGCUGAGCAGGCGCUCCUCAAAGAGUAAGCCCGCAGAAGCCCCUCCGACGACGGAUGACAGCGGCGUGGAGAGCGACGCGCCCAAGACCUGCAGCUCCGAGAUCAGCAGCCAGGUGGACCCGCCCCCCAAAACACCUGAGCUCCUCAAUGAGAAGUCCUCCUUACCGCCAGCGCGCAACCCAGACACAGCUUUGAAUUCCUCCGCAGCCAGACCCGCAGAGACCGCAGCAGCGCCUCGCGCCGUCCCAGCAGCCCCAGCCGCUGCAGAUGACGGCGAGUUUAAGCGGGUCACGCGCAUGUGCUUCACGGUUUUCCUGUGUUUCGUGUGCUGCUUUGUCCCAUUCAUCAUUUUGAACAUCGCUGACAAAAACAACCGCGCACCGCAGCUGCUGCACAUGAUCUGCGCGAACCUCACCUGGCUGAACAGCUGCAUCAACCCGGUUCUGUACGCGCUCAUGAACCGGCAGUUCCGACAGGCCUACCAGGUGCUGCUCAGCAGGGUGGCCACGCCCCUCACCUGCUUCUGGGCCUGCUGACGUCCUGGCGUCGAGUUCAGUAUUCUGCAACACAUUUUGUAUGCUUUCAUGUCACUUUAAAGCGUAAUUUUUUAUACAAGCGCAAGUUACUGUGUUUAGACAGAAGAACGUUUUGGAAUGUAUGCAUGCUUUACAUGAGGUCCAACUUUCUUCAUGUCAUUUUUUUUCUUACUGAAGUAAAUAUUCACUGAAGUUUACACGUGCGGAUGGAUGGAUGGAUGGAUGGAUGGAUGGAUGAUCAUGGUCCCUUUCAAAAGAAACAUGUAUUCACACACUUUUUGGUACUUUAAUCUUGUCAUUUUUAAUUUAAGUUAAAAUAGCUGUUUCAGAAAAAGCUGACUAUUAUAUAAGUAAAAGUUUGUUUCAAAGAAAUAAAGUCUAUUUCAAUUCCUCCUUGUA